AUGUCAAUCCUCGAUCGUAUAAAUCCACUCGGAUAUGGAGUUGGACGAACCACGCAUGCGAUAUGGAGAUUUUUUCAAUUCGUCAUGGCUCUGACUGUUAUUGGAUUAUAUGGAACUGAUCUAGCCAAAGCGAAUAGAGAACAUAAAUAUUCAGAUGGAAAAUGGGUCUACGCAGUAAUAACCGCCUCUCUCUCCGCAGCAACUUCUCUCCUCCAUCUAAUUCCCCUCUUUAACCUCAUCCCCGUCCUCUUUCUCUGGGAUGCUACCCUAUUUAUUCUUUGGAUUGCCCUCUUUGGUCUCUUUGGAAAUAUGUAUAUACAUGAGAGAGCAGAAGGAGAUGCGGGGGUGCAGAGGAUGAAAAAUGCUGUUUGGGUGGAUUUGGUUAAUGCGAUUUUGUGGGCGGUGAGUACGGCGGGUAUGGUGCUUUUUUGGAGUAGGGAGAAGAGGACUAGGUGGACGGGGAGGGCGAGUGGGAGGGCGGGUAGUCCGGGAGUUUAG